CCAGCCCAUGGGCAUCUUCUCCAUCCUGGAAGAGGAGUGCAUGUUCCCCAAGGCAACUGACACCUCUUUCAAGAACAAGCUCUAUGACCAGCACCUGGGCAAGUCCAACAACUUCCAGAAGCCCAAGCCUGGCAAAGGCAAGGCUGAGGCCCACUUCUCCCUGGUGCAUUAUGCUGGCACAGUGGACUACAACAUCACUGGGUGGCUUGACAAGAACAAGGACCCUCUGAAUGAAACUGUUGUGGGGUUGUAUCAGAAGUCAUCCCUGAAGACACUUGCUUUACUCUUUGCCUCUGCUGGAGGAGAGGCAGAGGCUAGCGGUGGUGGUGGUGGUGGUGGCAAGAAGGGAAAAGGGUUCUUCUUUCCAGACUGUCUCAGCACUUUUCAGGGUGCCAUGGAGCACGAGCUGGUGCUGCACCAGCUGCGCUGUAACGGCGUGCUGGAAGGGAUCAGGAUCUGCAGGAAAGGCUUCCCCAGCAGAAUUCUCUAUGCUGAUUUCAAACAGAG